AUGAAGAUCUUCAGGGCAGCAACAACUGCUGCUGUUUUUUCUCUGUUCGUCGAGUACGGUGCGGGCCUUCCGCUUGGAGAGGUGGGUAUAAGCACUGGGAACGGCGAGUCACACUGCUUGACCGCCGUGCUCACUUGCCAGUCGCUGCUUCUUACUAUGUUGCCCGAACGGACAGGCUUUUAGGGGUCUAUGCUGCUCGCGCCCAGCUGUGCUCGAAGUCGCGCCGGUUCGCGCUCCAGUCGUGACCGACACAGUGACGAUCGUGCCCGGCACUUAUCCCAAACUCUCAAAGGAUCUUGACGAGUACGCCGAUCCGUACGGGUACUGGAACCGCAUGUACGGUCCUCCACCCGGAGCGAAGGAGAUGCACCCGAAUCAAGAUGAAAAGCCAGGCAUUCACCAUGGAGGCUUGACCCAAGGAAGCUCGGAAAGAAAGCGGGUCAAAGCCUUCUGGGCACAUCCAGGGAGCGUCUGGCGCAUCAAUCGCGACUUCAGUAUCACGCAGAUCACGGGGCCAGGGGCUCCCAAGACGAUGGAGUCCGACCCUCACUGGCACCACUUUGACGCUGUGCACAGAGGACAAGUCGUCGGUAAAUUUGAGAUCGAGCCUCAUCCAGACGGUAGACCGCGCUACAUCAAGAAGGGUGUCUACGACAUCGAGGACCAUCCCGUGCACAUGAUGGGCCCUGACGCCCGACCAUCGAGAGAUGAGGCGCGUCGCACAUUGGACUCGAUGCGUCACGACCACAGCUUUGACUGA